CACACUGGCUUCCCCGAGGUUCUCCUUCAGGAGGGCGCUGCCACGCUUAGGGGCCCUCCCAUGGCUUCACAGGAGAGGGUGGGCGCAGUGUCCAAAGGAACCGGGUUCCGGCGCUGCCCUAAGCAGGUCACUUACACGCCGGGGACCUGCGAGCUGCUCAGAGUGAUGAUGAAGGAGUCCAAACUGACUAACUUCCAGCAACGACACAUCUUGGACACCAUGAGAAGAGGAGCCCCUCUGCCCCUGCAGUGCAACCCAACAUCCAGCCAGAGGGACUCUCCUUCUAAGAAGCCAGCUACAACCAUCUACCUGCCUCCCAUCCUGGCUACCCACUCCCACCUCCGGCCUGCCAGCAUGUGUCAAGCCAAUGGGGCAUACAACCGUGAGCAAUUCAAGCCUCAGGCCACCAGAGAUCUGGAGAAGGAGAAACGAAGACUCCAAAAUAUCUUUGCCACUGGGAAGGACAUAGAGGAACGGAAAACGGCUCCACGUAUGCAGCAAGAGGACCCAGCUCCCGAGGUGGACCGGUUUGAAGAAUUGGUGAAGGAAGUCCAGGACAGGAAAGAAUUCUUGGCUGCCAUGGAGGCUCUGGGACAGGGCAAGCAAUACCGAGGAAUCAUCCUGGCUGAAAUCUCCCAGAAAAUAAGGGAAAUGGAGGACAUCGACCGCAGCAGAAGCGAGAGGCUUAGGAAGGCUCUGGCCACCACCUAAUCCUAGACAAGGGUGGGCCAGCCCAGUGCGACCACCAGAGCCUUCGCUUCGCCAAGCAGUGU